AUGGCAAAGGAUGUUUAUGACGAACUCAUGAUGGUGUCGUGGCCGGAUAAGUCGUACUUCCAUGCCCUAGAAACAGAGCACUAUAUCGACUGCCAAAAACGUGCUCAUCGGAAGGGACGACCGGUACUUUCUUCUAGUAUUGACCUUGAGACGACAGAGAAGCGAAACGACCCCCCGAUAUUUGAGGCCGGCUGUGGGCCACAGUGGCAGAUAAAGGAACUGCUAGAAGACAGCAACGAAGGCUCCCCUGUACCACAUGCAAUUAUGACAACCGUUGCAUACGUUCCCGCAAAUCAUGCGGACCAGAGUCCCACUAUCCACGAAGAGCUAUCGUGA